CGACAACCACCACGCGAUGCGGUCAUAGCGCUCAAAGCUUUGCACAUAGAUUGAAGCGCUGAUAACAGGUUUUCCAUAUCUUCUAAAACUAUGGGGACUUUGAUGAAAUGAGACAGAUACCACACACGAUCGGGUCUCGGCUCCUCUAGCGUACAUUUAUGGCUGCGCCGGCCCCGGCUGUACCUGGGAUUGGGUGGAGAAGGCCAGUUCAUGCCAAGACAGGUAUGACAUAGGUUAGUUGCUUCAGCGUCAUAUGGCUGCUGAAGACGUAAUGUGGAGGUGUUGUGCAACAGGGCGCAAGUGUGUGUCGUGGGUAUAUAAGGCUGGCCUUUGAUGUGUGGAAGAGCACUAUACAUCAGCAACUACUCAUCACAAAACAACUCCAUCUACAUUUUCAAACCCACGACCAAGUCGAACUUCACGUCAAACCUCUAUCAAACAUGUCUGGCCAAGGAGUUUCCCACCAGGGCAUUACCGCCCCCGGUCUGAGCGAGGCAGACCAGAACAUCAACAACACUACCGAGGAUAUCAGCAACAAGGCUUCCGGACACAAGGCCAAUCUGAGCAACCCCAACACCAGCGAAGAGUCCAAGAAGAAGUCUGCUGAGGCGCUCAAGGCCCUUGGUGGUGAGGAUGCUUUCUAUGGAAAGCAGGGUAAGGGCGAGUAAGGGAGUGGAAGUAGAAGUAGAAAGAGAUGAUUAUGAUACCAUAUUGAGAUGAGAAUGUAAUGUCUUUCAACAUCAAUGAUGCUCCUGCUAUAUGCGUGAUGAGUGAUCACCGCUGUCCACUGUGUCUCGUGUUGUGUGGGUAUACUAUUAGACUUACAUUACAAGCUGGAGCUCCUUCGCAGGUGUUACACGUCC